AUGUUCCCACUCUCCUCAAGGAUCAAAAAGACACUCCCUUGGCCUGUGCCGCAUGUUGAAGUUGUCGAGGUCGAGGUCGAGACAGCGCUCCGGACCACCUCCAAUUCCUUUUCCUAUCUCACCAACACCAUUAUGGGGAACGUCUCGAGUUGUCUGGAUAUCAGACGGUUGCGACGAAGUGCCUUGCUACCGGUGGCAUUAUUUAUGCUGGGAUUCAUAUGGUUCUUCCAGUUUCUCUCGGCGACCAGCUCCGAUAGAUUAUUAAAGCCUGCGAAAGGACUCUACGAGUCUGUCACCGCGCCGACUGUUCCUGUAGCGGCGCCAUGGAGCAAUUCUGAGUUCGAAAGCUUCUCUCACUUGGAAAAGCUUCAUUUGACCGAGAACUUCAGCUACAGCAGACGGACAAUCAAAACGAAAUCCCUCCAAGGUCGCCGGCCCGAAUUGACGAAUCUCAAUGAUACGAAACUAUCGAGCGAGCCGGUGCUGAUGAGCGCAAAGCCAGAAGAUCUCCAAAGAGUCACCUUCAAUAAUGAUCUACCAGUCCUAACCUUGGACGUCCCAAAAUCACCAAAAGUCAAUACAGCGGGUAUGAAAUUUGGGAUUGCGACCAGCGUCGACCGUCUGCCAGGUGCCACUCCCCAAUUCCAACAUUGGCUCGCCAACACCGAAAGUACUCUUAAUAUCCUCGUACCCCCAUCCGAUGACAUUGCAAAGUCGCAGCAGCAGAUGCGCGACGUGGGAAUAAAUGCGACUAUCAAAACUUCUGACCUUAGCUUCCCCCAGAGAUAUUUCUCGCUCGUUAAAGAACUUUACGAGGCGCGAGCGCCACAGACGAAGUGGCUUGUCUUGAUGGAUGACGAUACCUUCAUAACUUCCUUACCCGCGCUCAUCGCGCAUUUGGAUGAACAUUAUGAUGCCGAGGAGGAGCGGCUCGUGGCUGCGUUGUCGGAUAACAUUCAGCAGGUCAAGAAUUUUGGGUUGAUUCCAUUUGGUGGGGGAGGAAUAUUUAUUUCGGUUCCUCUGGCUGCUAAGCUCACGGAAACGACAAUUUGGAACUUAUGUAUGGAAAUUGGGUUCGAUCAAGGUGAUGGAAUCGUCGCCGAAUGUGUGUUUCGACAUUCGGCCGUUCGACCAACUUUCGAUCCUUACUUUAACCAAAUGGAUUUCCACGGCAGUCCUGACGAAGCAUCCGGCUAUUUUGAGAGCGGAAGAAGGAUGUUGACAAUCCAUCAUUGGAGAUCUUGGUUCGAUAUUAAUAUGCCGGCUGUAUCAACCGUUUCCAAAGCCUGUGGAGAUGAAGGAGUCUUGAUGCGCUGGUUAUUCGCAGAUAAUGUUGUCCUACAUAAUGGUUUCACCAUUGCCGAGUAUCCGCAUGGCAUCACUGCCAAGGAGUUGUCCCAGGUGGAAUUCACAUGGCCGGAUGAACCAGAAAGAUUCAUCCAACGCAUUGGACCGCUUCGACCGGCCAAAACGAAAGAGGAGAAGAAGACGAUAAGGAUGGAAAAUUCGGAGAUUAUUAAAGAUGUUGGAGUGCGACAGACAUAUGUUGAACGAGCGCCAAAACUGACCAAAGCAGGUCCUAAAAAGGGUGAGAAGAUUGAAGAGAGUGUAGGGGAUGAUAGAGUCGUGGAGUUGAUGUGGUUGUUCAAAUAA